GCAGCAGGAGGAGUUCAGGUCGGGCUUGCUCCAGGCGCUCGCCCCCCAAAACCCCGAGCCACCAUGCUGGCGCUCAUCUCCCGCCUGCUGGACUGGUUCCGCUCGCUCUUCUGGAAGGAGGAGAUGGAGCUCACGCUCGUCGGGCUGCAGUACUCGGGCAAGACCACCUUCGUCAACGUCAUCGCGUCAGGUCAGUUCAGCGAAGACAUGAUCCCCACAGUGGGCUUCAACAUGAGGAAAGUAACGAAGGGCAACGUCACGAUAAAGAUCUGGGACAUCGGAGGCCAGCCCCGGUUCCGGAGCAUGUGGGAGCGGUACUGCAGAGGCGUGAACGCUAUCGUGUACAUGAUAGACGCCGCAGAUCGUGAGAAGAUCGAACCUUCUCGAAAUGAACUGCACAAUCUUCUAGAUAAGCCCCAGUUGCAAGGAAUCCCAGUGCUAGUCCUUGGGAAUAAGAGAGACCUUCCAAACGCCUUGGAUGAGAAACAGCUCAUCGAGAAAAUGAAUCUGUCUGCUAUUCAGGAUAGAGAAAUCUGCUGCUAUUCUAUUUCUUGCAAGGAAAAGGAUAAUAUAGAUAUCACACUUCAGUGGCUUAUUCAACAUUCAAAGUCUAGAAGAAGCUGAAGCCUCUCCUCCAGUCUUCCAGUCCUUCCUGGCUGUCCUCCUUGAAUUACCGUCUGUUCCUCUGAAGUACUCCCCUCCCCAAUACGGUCCUCCCUAAAACCCAAGAAAUUGCCUUUUCCAGAGUUUAUUUCUCAUGUGCACUGCUGAAGACGUGUCUCCCCUCUUCCUUCAUAAAGAAUCAGUUAGAGUCGUUCUGAUAAAGUCAGCACACUAAAAGGCUUCUUACACAUACUUGUGUCAAACAGUGUGUAGGGCUUUUGUUUUUUGUUUUUGUUUUUUAAAAAACAAAACAAAAGAAAAGAAAACAUUUUCACCAUCUUAUAUCAAGAAAAUGGCGUUUUUCAGUUCUGGUCUUUGGGGGCCAGCUUUUUUCUAUUGGUUUUAGUAAAUGUCUCUCUGAUAUUUUAUUGUAGAGUCUAGUAGCUUCAUACUGAUCCUGACUUGAUAAGAGCAUGACGUUUCUCUUCUGGCGCCACAUACAGUAUUUAGAAAACUUUUAGCCUGACUCCUGUGGGAUUGAAACGCGACGUUUCUGCAUCUCACAAAA